AUGGCUUCUCCAGCCGUAGCCGGAAAAAAUCAUAUGCACACUAUUCCUACCGAUAUUCUGGAUGACUUAUGCAGUCGUUUUAUAAUAAAUUUGCCCCAAGAGGACCGAGGUAACUUAGUCCGGAUAUGUUUUCAAAUAGAGUUAGCUCACUGGUUCUACUUAGACUAUUACUGUACGGAUGAGACUGCUAGGCUUAAUCCUUGUGGUAUUACUCAAUUUGCUACUCAUAUCUUUCAGCAUGUUCCUGAACUACGAGAAUAUAAUGGCAGGGUUGAUGAAGUUUUGAACAACUGGAGAGAGUAUAAACAAAGUGUACCAACAUAUGGGGCAAUUAUACUUGAUACUAAUCUAACACAUGUGCUACUUGUUCAGUCUUAUUGGACUAAAGCUUCUUGGGGCUUUCCUAAAGGUAAAGUUAAUGAAGAUGAGGAGCCCUGGAAAUGUGCAUCUAGAGAGGUACUGGAAGAAACAGGAUUUGAUAUAAGUAAUCUAAUAAACAAACAGGACUACAUAGAAGCAACAAUACACGAUCAAAUCGUCCGCCUAUACAUUAUAAGUUAUGUUUCAAGAGACACAAAAUUCCAGCCGAGAACAAGAAACGAAAUUAAAGCUUGCGAAUGGUUUCCAAUUGCUGACCUUCCAGCAAAUCGUAAAGAUAUGACACCUAAAGUUAAAAUGGGCGUUAGCCCUAAUGCCUUCUUUAUGGUUUUACCAUUUGUGAAACGAUUACGGCGUUGGGUUGCAGAGAGAAAUCCGAAAGUAUUCUCCCGGAGAACGCGGCACAAAUCCAUGGGCGAAAUCGAAUCUUGCAAGACUAAAAGCAAGACGAUAUCGCAGGGGCUUCAAAACGAAAUUCACGAUUACCAACAAAACACUGGACCACAGUAUAAGAAUGGUCAUGGCAAUGGAAAGGCUAAUGGUAAUAGGAAAUGUGGUAAAAUGGCGAAACGACAGCUCUUCACGCCGCAGAAUACGAAUGGCACUCCUUUUUCUCCUGUGCACAGUGUGAGCUCUAAUAAUGAAGUGCCUGAAAAUAAUUACUUCAAUUUCAUCGCGCCAUCUUGGAAGAAUUUUAAGUUCGAUAGACGAGCUAUAUUUGACUGCUUAACUUGA